AUAUAAUGGCCAUGGCGGCAAUCUUUUGUCUCGAUAUCUGUCCAAGACGAGAUCUAUUUCUCCUGCAAAUCAAAUUCCUGGUCCAGGGUAGUGACUAACCAUGUCGGGGCCUGCUGUCGUGCCUCCGCCGCUAUCUCAAAGUGUUGGCUAUGGAGUGGUUGUCGGCCUGGGUGUGGCCUUUGCUAUCGGCAUGGUUUUUGUCACUCGAGCACUCAAGAAAACCCUGGGAGAGGACAACGAAACCACCGAGACGUUCAUGGUCGCGAACCGAAGCGUCGGGACCGGCCUGACGGCCUCGGCCGUCAUAUCCUCGUGGACGUACAGCACGGCGCUUCUGGGGUCCCCGUAUCUGACCUACUGGUAUGGCAUUGCCCUGCCGGUGUGGUGGGCUGCAGGCCAAAGCACCAUGAUAUGCGCCUUUGGGUGGCUGGCGAUCCAAGCCAAACGCAGGGUCCCCAAUGCGCACACCCUUCUCGAGUUGAUCAGAGCUCGGUACGGCGUGGCCGCCCACUUGAUCUGGAUCGUCAUGUGCCUGAUCAACAACCUCCUCAACUUCACAUCCAUGCUGGUCGGCGCCUCGACGGCGGUUUCGUCGUUGACGGGGAUGGACAUUAUCGCGACCACAUACCUGCUCCCUCUUGGCGUGGUCGUAUACACUUACUUUGGUGGCAUCCGUGCGACCUUCCUCACCGACUACGUCCACACUUUCAUCAUCAUGAUCAUACUGGCUUGGUUCACGAUCAAGAUCCUCACCGUCCACGAAAUCGGCUCGAUCGGGGCCCUGUACGACCUCCUGAAGCCACUGGACAAAACGCAGCCGGUGGCCGGAAACUACAAAGGUUCCUACCUGACCAUGACAAGCCGGGAAUCGAUCUUCUUUGGCAUCAUCCAUAUAACGACCAACUACGGGAUCGUCUUCCUCGACACCGGUUUCUGGCAGAAGGGGUUUUCGGCCGAAGUGGCCGCUGCCGUGCCCGGAUACAUUCUGGGUGGAAAUGCCUACUUCGCCCUCCCGUUUGCCUUUGGAACCAUCAUGGGUCUGGGCGCGCUGGUACUGGAGCACACGCCUGCGUUCCCUACCUAUCCCAGAAGAAUGACCGCAGAGGAGGUCGGCGCGGGACUUGUCCUGCCUUACGUUUCGCAGGCCAUUGCCGGCAAAGGCGGCGCAGGGGCCGUUCUGGUGAUCAUUUUCAUGUCCUGCACCAGCGUGUCGUCCGCCCAGCUGAUCGCCAUGAGCUCCAUCUUCUCCUUUGACGUCUACGGCACCUACAUCAACAAACACGCGACAAACAGACAACUCAUCCGAUGGUCACACAUCGGGGUUGUAGGCUCGGCCCUGGUGUCCUCGACCGUGGCCACGGCUUUCCACGAAGGUGGCGUCGACCUCAAUUGGCUUCUGUACAUGCUGGGGAUUCUGAUAUGUCCUGGAACCUUCCCUACCGCAUUCGCCCUGUGCUGGAAGAAGCAAACUCGGCUUGCAGCCAUCGUCUCGCCGGUCGUGGGAACGGCCGCGGGGUUGGCCGUGUGGAUUGGGACGGCUCGUGCCCUUUACGGCAGCGCCACGAUCGCGACUCUGGGACAGACCCUGCCCUGCAUGUACGGAUGCCUCACCUCGUCCUUCGUCCCUCUGCCCCUCACCCUGGCAAUCUCGUACCUCUGGCCCAACAAGACUUUUGAAUGGUCCGACCUGCUGUCCAUCAAGCGAAUCGAGGACGACGCGCACGGCAAAGUCGGGGCACGAGCAACACACUUCGACGAGGCAACCUAUUUCAGCCCCGAGCGCGUCGCGUACAUGAAGCGCAUGUCGCGAAUUGCGGUGAUUUGGGGCAUCGCGACGUUUGCAGGGCACGUGGCGCUCUGGCCGUUGCCCAUGUACGGCGCUCGCAUCAUCUUCUCCAAAGGGCUGUUCGUCACUUGGGUCGUGGUGUCGCUCAUCUGGCUUUGGAUCGCGCUGGUCAUUGCGAAUUUCUAUCCUCUCGUAGACGGAGGGCUGAAGCAGAUCUGGAUUGUCCUAAGGGGGGCGAAAGGGGUCGACGAGAAACCCGAUUCCGGUACAUCCACUCCUGGCGAGCUCCCUGAUGGUGACGUUCGGAAAGAAGGGAUCGUCAGUCAAAUACCGGUAGAGACUGAAGCUUAGAUUACGAUGUCAUCCCCAGCUGCAGAGCAUGAGCUGGAGCCUGGAGGUCUACUGAGGGCCACGGUCUCUGACUUGCAGGGGGUCACAGUCUGACUGAGUGGCAAUUUGAUUGACCUUAUUUCAACGGCUGACCUGAGGCUGGGAAUGCACUCCAACCCAAACUUAACAACUCUGAAUGUUCCGGCCCAUAGCCCGGCUACUACAUAGAAUAUUAGUGUACUGUAUACAUGAAAAC